AUGGGGAAGGCUGGGAACGAGAGGAGAGGCGGCAGCAGCAGCGAGGCGAGCGGAGGGCUGACAGGGGAGCAGGAUAGGGGGAGCAGGGGGGGCGAGGAAGCGGAGGAGGACGGGGAGAAGGAGCAGAGGAGGCGGAGUGGCGGAGGGCGGAGGGGAGCAUCGGUGGUGAACAGGGGGGCGUGGACGGCGGAGGAGGAUGAGCGGCUGGCGGCGCUGGUGGCGGUGCACGGGGCGAAAAACUGGAGCGUCAUCGCUGCUGGUAUCCCUGGCAGGCCGGGGAAGAGCUGCCGACUCAGGUGGUGCAACCAGCUGGACCCGGCGUUGAGGCGAGGCCAGUUCACGGUGGAGGAGGAUGCGCGCAUCAUCACAGCGCACGCCAUCCACGGCAACAAGUGGGCCCUCAUCGCCAAGAACCUUCCCGGACGCACGGACAACGCCAUAAAGAACUAUUGGAACUCCGCCAUGCGCCGCAAGUACCCUCUCCUGCGCGGCCUCUCCACGCCCCCUCAAGGCCCCCCACACUCCGCCCAGGCCCACUCCGCACAGUCCCACUCCGCCUCGCCCUCCCACCCUGCACCAGCGCAGCCCCAGCCCUCCCACGCGCCCGCCCUCCCCUCUGGCAACCAGCAGGGGGGAGAGGAGGGCGCGUACGAGCGGGCAGUGCGGUUUGUGGCGGGCGUGCAGGCGAGGGGCGUGGCGGCGCUGGUGGAGGAGGUGGAAAGAGUCAGGGAGGAGGAGGGCGUGGGGCGCAUCCGCAAGAUCCUGGAAGGUUCGCCCCUGGGUGAUGCGGCGCUGCUGCAGGCGGACGCGGGAAUUAUGGAGAGGGAGGUGGGUGUAAGCGAGGGAGACGAGAGGGAAGAAGGAAUGGCCGAGGAGAGCGAGGAGUGGGGGGAUGGAGAGCAGCAGACGGUGCAGGGAGCAGGGGAAUGGGAGACAGUGCAGGGGGAGGCGAGGGUAGGGGGGUGGAGGGCGAGUGAGGCGAUAGAGGGGGGGAGAGGAGUGAAGCAGGAAGUAGAGGAGGGGGUGGAUGGCAUAGAAGAUUAUAGAGGGAUGGAAGAGGAGGGUGGAUUGUGUGCUCCGGAGCUACACGCCUCAACAGCAUGUGCUCUCCCUCCGCCCCUGGCACAGUGUGACGUCGUGCCUUUUGCCAGCCAGACUGCCGCCAACAUCAGCCAUGCGACCCAUGCGACGAGGGCGAGUGGUGGCAGUGACAGCACGCACGCUGGGGGCGUGCCUGUGGAGGCUCAUGAUGCGGAUGACUUAGUUCCACACAGUGCGGGUGGGAGCAGCAGCAGGAAAAGGCGGUAUGAGGCCUGCUGUGCGGAUCAUGUGGGCGCUCGUGCUGCCCACGGUGCUGCUGCUACUGGCGGUGGUGGUGGUGCUGCUGCCACGAGUCAGCACAGCGCCCUCACCUGCCACUUUGACCGCCGCCCUCGCUUCCGAGUGUCACCCACUGCCCUCCCUGUCACCUCGUCUGUGCCUGCACCCACUGCUGCUUCGCCUCCACUGCUGCCGCCUCCCACCCUUCCCACCACCACCCCUACUGUUACCACCUCCUCCCUCCCUCUCUCACACACCUCUCAAGGCGCCACCCAGCAGACACACACACCGUCACCAUCACCACCCUCCCCACCACUCACUCCCUCUUGCCCUCCCUCCCUCACUCACCCCCACCACCACCAUUCCCUCGCCCCUCCACAUCUCUCCUCGCGCUUUUCAUUCGCCACUCUCCCCUCCGGCCUCUCCCACUCCUCUCUCCUCCCUGCCACCCACACUCCCUCCCUUCUCCAGCCCUCCCAACCAUCCAAUCCUCCCACACCCCUUACUGCCCAGCCACUCCCGCUUGACCGAGCCUCAGGUCCUGGUUCGGGUGAAAGCGGCCUGGUAGGUGCAGGACAGGCGGCAGCAAAACAUGGUGGCGGUGGCAUGAGGGGCGGUGGAGGAGGGGACGGGAGCAUGAGGGGGGUGGGUUUGGGGGCAUUUCAGCUGGGGAAGGUGUUUACUGCAGUGCAGGUGACAGGGGGCGAUGAGAGCUUGUGCACGCACAGGGGGUGUGAGGCCGAUGAACAGUGUAAGGCAGCCGCGAGACAAGGGGAGAGGCAGGGACAAGAAUGGGAAAAGGAAGGAGGCUGUGCAGGAGAGAGAAUUGAGAUUUCGGAGGUUACGGAGGAGGAAAGCAGAGGGCAGCAGGGGAUGGAAGUCUGUGGGUCAGAGAAAGAGAAGACCCUGUGCCCACACGGAAUAGAUAAAACCAACUCACAGCCCUUGCAGCACAGUCUGCACCCAGACACAUGCCUUGUUGGUGCAGUCCCACAGCCAAUGCAAGACUGCCACGUGGCAGGGCAGGGGCAGUGUGGGGCACGCGUGCGGCGGCACGUGCAUCGAGUAUUGGCGUCGGCAUGUGGGGUGGCCCGGCUGCUGCUGGAGGAGCUGCAAUGGCGGCACGGAAUGGUGGAGGGGCGAGCCGACGAGGAGGACGUGGAGGAGCGGUGGGGGAACGUAAGAGGAGAAGGUGGUGAGGGGCCACAGGUGGUAGAUCCGGUGGGGGAUGUGCGUUGUUGCAGUGAUGAGCGGUGCUGCUCGGUGAGCAGUGGUGCUGAGGGUGCAGCUGAGGGCAUGGCGUGCCGGCAUGUGCUGGAUGCCAUGUUGGCUGUGUGCUUCAGACUUGCUGCACCAGGGAUAGUGGCAGCGAGCGGGUCCCCCCGUGCAGCGCUGCUGCUGCUGGUGGCGUCAACGGUGUACCACGUGGUGGUGCGCGCAGGGCUCACCACGCUGUGCCUCACGCUGCUCGCCUCCUUCCUGGCCUGCGACCUGCUGCUCCUCCUCGCCUCCUCCCUCCAAGAUGACCCCGCCCAACCCGACUCGUCCCCCGCAAACCAGUCCCAAGCAAGCACUGCUGGGGGGGGGGAGCCUGGGGUAGGGGUGGAGGGAGCGGUAGGGGAGGGGGAAGCGGGGUUGGCAGGGGGAGGGGGGGCCGGGGGAGAGGCGAGUGGGGGCGGGGAGAUAGAGCGCAUAGUGUGGUGCAGCAACCACUACGAGGUGCUUCGCCUGGCGCCCUUCUGUGCGGCUGUGGACGAGAGCGCCCUGAAGAAGGAGUACCGCCGCAUGGCAAUGCUAGUGCAUCCGGACAAGCAUGGGGGGGACGAGAAGAAUGCCAUAGUGGCUUUUCAACGCCUGCAGAGCGCAUACGAGGUACACCAUGUGCUUUCUUCAUACAUGACUCACUGA